UUUGAUACUUUGUAUAAGAGAAAAAGAGACCCUAUACGGUCUUUCUUAUUGGUAGAAAAGAUAACCAUUACGUCUGACCUAUUUCUUUUAGAUACCUAGAGUUGAUAGACAAAGGUGACAAUAAGAAGGCUAAAGGUAUUUUAUAAUUUCUUCGGGAGUCUAGUGGAUCUAGAGAAAUUGCUUCUGGAGUCGAGUGGAUUUGCUAUUACAGUCCUUUUGAAUCCCAACUGAAUACAAGAAACGUACAAAGUUCUGGUUAAAUACGAAUGAAAGAAACUGAACAAGCUGGGGAUCCUCAAACUUUUGAAACUCCAGAAAAGCAAAAACUGAGACGGGGAUCUAGAAAGCGCGGCAGUAAUUCACAGGUUGUAAGUUCUCGAAUUACCCGUUCACGUCUUGCUGCUGACUGGACGACAGAAGAACUGAUCACUCUUGUGACAGAAGCUGUUGCUAUUGACGCAGCUUUCUCUAGAGCUUUGCCUUCUAUUCAGAAAUGGAAAAUGAUAUCUGAUAAAUGCACGGCUCUGGGUGUUGGUAGAUCAUCAGACCAAUGCCACAGAAAGUGGGAGUCGUUACUUGUUGACUACAAAAAAAUCAAGGACUGGGAAUCUAAGCGUGGCCUUGCUUCAUACUGGUCUUUGGAGAAGGAGAGGAAAAUGGAACAUGAACUUCCGAUUUCCUUUGAUGCUGAACUGUUUAAGUGCCUCGAUGAGAGUUUAAAGUUACAAGGGUAUCAGUCGGAGUCAGACCAUGGAGGCAGUGAAUCAGAGGCAGAAGUUGAAAAGCUAAAUGAUAUUACUAUUUCAGAUUUGAAGAAACAAAGUGGUUCAACACAAGGUCGUCAGAAGAGCAAGAGGGGUCCGCCUAAAAGCAAGAUAACUGAAACAGCCAAGGAGCAAGGCAAGAUAACAGUAUCGGUUGAACAGGAAGGCAACGUAGUUGAAACUGCUGAAAAUGAAAGUAUUGUAGCAGAAGCGGCUGUUAAGAAAGGCAGGGUAGGUCGACCUAAAGUAAAGAUAACAGAAACAACCGAACAUAAUGGAGAUGUAACAGAAGCGACUGAACAGAUUGGAGGUAUAACACAACCGGCUGAAGAAGAAGGCAAAGCAAUAGAAGAGACGGUACGGAAACACAGGUUUGGUCGGCCUAAAACCAAGGUAACAGAAACCGCUGAAGAAGAAGGCAAGGCGAUAGAUGAGACAGUACAGAAACGCAGGUUUGGUCGGCCUAAAACCAAGGUAACAGAAAUGGCUGAAGAAGAAGUUAAUGAAGAAGAAGGCAAGGCGAUAGAUGAGACAGUACAGAAACGCAGGUUUGGUCGGCCUAAAACCAAGGUAACAGAAACGGCUGAAGAAGAAGGUAAAGUAACAGAAGCGGCAGUACAGAAACAAAGGUUCGGUCGGCCUAAAACCAAGGUAACAGAACCAGCUGAACAGAAAGGAGAUAGAACAGUAAGGGCGGAGCAGGAAAGUAAGGCAAUAGAAACAGCAGUACAGAAAGGUAGAGUAAGUGGGACUAAAAGAAAGUCAACAGAUACAAUGUCUGAGCAGAAAGGCAAGGAAACAGAAACAGCUGAGGAAAACGGCAAGAGUACAAAAGUGGAUGUGCAGAAAAGGGUAGGUCGCCCUAAAAGCAAGGUAAUAGAAAUGACUCAAAAAACACGUGCGGAUGUGGAACUUAUACAUGCUAUAUUGAGAGGAGACCUCAACCCUAAGGACAUUGACUUGAACGAACCAAGGAAUCCUGGAAUGCUGCAAACGGAAACGGGUGAUGAAGUAUUGGUUCAGGUUGGCACACUACAAAGAAAACUACUACAUCCAGGUGUCCAUGUUCAUUCCCAAAAGUAUUGUCCUUGUACAUUCCGGUGGCCGACGCAUCUCCAGAAACAAAAAUCAAAAUCCAAAAUCUAUUGUGUUAUGGAAAUGUGUGGACAAGAUGCUAGAGUGGAUAACAAAUGAAGCUAAGGAGACUGGCAGCGGCGGUGUUGAGGUAGCACGGUAUGUUUAUGCCACAUGCUUCAACGUCAUGGGUAGUAUCGUUUUCUCUCGAGAUGACCUUGUGGAUCCAGACUCCACUGUAGGAAAUGACUUCUUCAACUUCAAUGCCGAGCUUACGGAGCACGCAGUAAAACCCAAUUCAGCUGAUUUCUUCCCUUCUUUGCGUUGGUUAGACCCACAAGGUUUGAAAAAGAGGAUUGAAGAGAAGCAGGCACAAAUUCUUCAGAUCAUUGGUUCAUUCAUCGAGGAAAGGCGAUGCGUGACAAAGGACAUGGACAGGAACAUAGAACUCGCACACAACACGAAAAUGGAGAAGAAAAAGACGGAUUUCUUGGAUGUCUUGAUGGAAUUUGAAGGCAAUGGGAAGGAUGAACCAACUAAAAUUUCAGAUGCAAAUCUCACUGUCUUUAUAUUGGAAUUAUUUAUGGGAGCAACCGAGACGACAAGCACGACAGUAGAAUGGGCAAUGACAGAACUCCUCCACAAUCCAGAGACAAUGAAGAAGGCCCAAGCUGAGAUUACUCAAGUUAUAGGCCACGACAGGAAACUUGAAGAGAAUGACAUAAAAGACCUACCCUAUCUAAGCGCAGUAAUCAAAGAGACACUGAGAUUACAUCCUGCAGCGCCAUUACUGGCACCUCGGAUUGCUGUUACAGACACCGAGUUGAUGGGGUAUCGGAUACCCAAAGACACCAUGGUGUUGGUCAAUAUUUGGGGAAUAGCAAAGAACCCAAAUGUUUGGGGUGCUGAUCAUUUGUUGUUCAAACCAGAACGGUUCUUGAGCUCUAAUCUCGAAUACCGUGGACAGAAUUUCGAGUUUAUACCAUUUGGAGCAGGAAGGCGUAUUUGUCCUGGAAUCUCCAUGACUCAACAAAUGCUACCGCUGGCCUUAGGAUCACUCGUCCAAUCUUUCGAAUGGGUUCUUGAAAACGGCAUGACACCUGAUACAACUUGGGAGAAAGGAUGGGCAUCACAUUGCGUAAAACCAUUCCCUUGAAGGCAGUACCAAGAUUGGUUACCCCAAGAAAGGGUUUCGCAGUGACUAGCGUUUAAGAUUAUCGCUCAGGGUUAGCAGAACUCGUACAACAAAAAAAAUAAAGUAUAAUAUACUCCCUCCGAUUUUGGAAAGAAAAAUGCUUCCAUUUUUUUAAUUUGGCCCAGUUUAGGGAGUGUAUAUAUCUACUAAAAAUGAUGCUA